AUGAACGCACCCCGUUUCCUCCUGAUCAGCCUUGGGAAUCCAGAGCCAUACUACAACACCCUUCACUCUGCCGGCCACCAUGCCCUCAACUCUCUACAGAAACUCUUAGGGCCCUCACAGCCCGCCUUCCACAGAGGCCGGUACGGGGGCAGUUCGUGCAUGGCUUCCUUUGGUCCCAAAUACGCAAUGAUCCAGAGCCCCGCCAUCAUGAACGUAACCGGUAAAUGGUUAGCAAAAGCGUGGAAGGAGACACUCGGCACCCGGAAUCCAGCAGACCUCAGUCUCAUUCUCGUUCACGACGAUUUGGAAGAGGAGUUGGGUUUCGUCAAGACCAGAAAGUGGAAGAGCAGUCACAGAGGUCACAACGGCAUCAAGAGCGUCAACGCCUGUCUUCGCGAGGCGGAUUACCCAGACUCAAAGUGGGCGAGGAUAUCAGUCGGUAUUGGGCGGCCCGAGGGGCGAGACAAGUCUACGGUGUCUAAUUACGUCUUGAAGCGUAUGACAAAGGACCAAUGGUCUGUCCUCGAAACCGAUGCCGGACCUGGUGUGCUUGAGUGCCUUCUUGCACUGGAGGAGAAGCUUGAGGCUGCAUCUGGGAAGUGA